AGUGCAGCCUGGAAAAGAAGACAGAUUUAGUAACUUCUAACCAUUGAAAACAUCACAUUGAAUUAUAAAAACAUGAUUUUAAAUCAGCAUGCUUGUGUGUUCUUCUCUUAUUAUGAUCCUAUGCUUGCAAUCAUCUUGUUGCAUGCUGUUUUUAGACUUUUUAUUCACAUUCCCGCCUCAUAAAUCACAUCAGUGCAUUAGAUGAAUGGAUGCAGAUGACUACUAAAGCAAGCACUGAAGGCCUGAGCUGUGCUGUGUGCAUCUGUCAUGCGUUACACCACUGUCGUAAAACGUGUCUGCCUGCUGUUGCAAUGGCGUUUGCUGCGACAGCACUUUGCGGCAGCAGGGAAAUCGAGGAGAAAGCAGCGACAAGCGUCGCCAGCGGAAACUCCGUCGCCCCAGAAAGCCUCGGAUUUAUGUAAUAAUCGGCGAUCUGACGCGUAUACCGGCUGCAUAUCUCCCUCGCCUUGUGGAUGAGAUUGUGUUCAACGUUUUCCCACGCGUCGAUCUCCACCUUAAUGCGGUGGGAUGGCCACAGUGCCGCCUGGGCCUAGUAGCGCACUGCCCGCAUCCCCGGCUGAGAUUCCUCCUUUCCCCGGGGCUGGGAGCGCGGAGCCGGCGGGCGGAGACGGAGAGCCGGCCUGCCACAGGGAGGAGCGUGCACCCGCCGACACGGGGAAGAAGUCGCAGCCGGUGAGCGACGUCCAAACGUCGGUCAAGAGUAAGCAGAAAAACAUGCUAGCUCGAGCUAGCCCGGCGGCGCUGCACCUGAAAAUGCAAGCCCGAGAGCAGCAGCAGCUGAACGGCUUGGCGAGCCCCUCGGAGGACGCUGACAGCCACCAGCACGCAGGAAACCGGCCAGACAAUCCGAGACCGUCCGUGGACAACUGUGACAGCAGCAGCAGCGGCAGCAAUGAAGAGGCUCCGGCCGCCAGAAACAAUAGUGAGCAUUGCCAACACGAAGGCCACAGCCCCUUCUCCAAAAACGGCAGCCACUCGCCCCUGGUUAACAAUAGCAUGAACGGGAUGCCGGGUUUCACGAGAGCUGAGGCGGCCCACGGCCACCCCAGGGACGAAGGGAAGGGAGAGGGGUUUGAUCACACGGAGCCGCCGAGACCGCCGAGCGUCGGGCCGCCGGACGCUCCGGGGCCCGGCGGACAGGAGAGCCACGCCGACCCGCAUCAGCCGCCAACCGCAGAGCUGGCCCGGCUCGACCUGAGCGGCUCUCCCGGUCGAGCGGAAGAGGAGAGCCACGGCAUCCGCUAUGUCCGCUACGAGUCCGAGCUUCAGAUGCCGUGGAUCAUGAGACUGAUCACCAAGGACUUGUCUGAGCCUUAUUCAAUUUACACGUACAGGUACUUCAUCCACAACUGGCCGCAGCUCUGCUUUCUGGCCAUGGUGGAGCAGGAGUGUGUCGGAGCCAUAGUUUGUAAGCUUGACAUGCACAAGAAGAUGUUUCGUCGUGGCUACAUUGCCAUGCUGGCCGUGGACUCGAAACACAGAAGGAAAAGCAUCGGUACUAAUCUGGUGAAGAAGGCCAUCUAUGCCAUGGUGGAGGGAGACUGUGAUGAGGUUGUAUUGGAGACUGAAAUCACCAACAAAUCAGCCCUGAAGCUGUACGAGAACUUGGGUUUUGUCAGAGACAAGCGGCUGUUCAGAUACUACCUGAACGGAGUGGACGCGCUGCGGCUCAAACUGUGGCUCCGCUAGAGGAAUGAAGAGGGGGACGGGGAAGGACGGGACAGCGGGUGCUGUUCACCUCGUUAUACUAUCAGCUUGACAGCCUCAGCUCUGCCCUGGUCAUUUCACUCUUAUACACACACACACACACACACACAUACACACACAGGAGUAUGCACAUAGGUAUGCAUAAACACCGCAAACACCCUCUUUUUGUCCUUGACCUCCGAACAACUGUUGUUUAGGCAGAAACGGACCGACAUCCCACCUGAUGUUUUCAUGAAGGGGCCCCUGAUACUUUCUGUGACGAGGAGAGGGGGCGAGUGAGGGUGGUCUCUGGGAUGACCUUGACUGGGGGGUACUAGGCGACCUUUUUUUGACCUUCAAACUCGGAUGCCGCAUCGACCGGGGACGUGAGGUGUUGUUCAAAGCGAGCUCAAGCUGAGGACGUGCGUCCGAAAAAGAAACAAAACCGCAGAGGACUCGGCACCACACCAAAUCCUCCACAGGACAAACACAGACUUAAAGAAAAAAACAACCACACGUGAAAACAAGGAAAGCAGGGCGGCAAAAAAAAAAA